CGCAGCGGAUCUCUGGGGCUAAAGCAACUCUUCCCACCCCCGCGCCGAGGCAGCCCCCCCCGCCGCCCGCAGCAUGCCGAGGAGGAAGCAGCAGGCGCCCCGGCGCGCAGCAGCCUAUGUUUCAGAUGAACUAAAAGCAGCAGCACUGGUGGAAGAAGAUGUGGAAGCUGAUGAAAACACAGCUGAUGGAGAGCCUUCUGCAAAAUAUGCAUGUCCAGAAAAAGACUUCAGUAAGAACUGCCAAAGCUACCAAAACUCUCCAGCAGCUGAAUUUUCAAGCCAUGAAAUGGACAGUGAAUCACAUAUCAGUGAGACGAGUGACCGCAUGGCAGACUUUGAGAGCAGUUCUAUUAAAAAUGAAGAAGAGAGCAAGGAGGUUUCAAUACCACUUGAAGACUCUACCGUAUCUGAUAGCUUAGAACAAAUGAAAGCUGUAUAUAACAACUUCCUCUCCAAUUCCUACUGGUCCAAUCUCAAUUUGAAUCUUCACCAGCCAAUUUCAGAAAAAAACAAUGGCAGCAGCAGCAGUAGCAGCAGCAGCAGCAGCAGUUGUGGAAGUGGCAGCUUUGACUGGCACCAGACCGCAAUGGCUAAAACACUGCAGCAAGUUUCUCAGAGCAGAAUUCUUCCUGAACCAAGCCUUUUUAGCACAGUUCAAUUGUACAGACAAAGCAGUAAGCUUUAUGGCUCUAUAUUUACUGGAGCCAGUAAAUUCCGCUGUAAAGACUGCAGUGCUGCCUAUGAUACUUUAGUAGAAUUAACAGUGCACAUGAAUGAAACGGGACAUUAUCGAGAUGACAACCAUGAAACUGAUAACAAUAACCCUAAAAGAUGGUCCAAACCUCGUAAACGUUCUUUGCUUGAAAUGGAAGGGAAAGAAGAUGCGCAGAAAGUAUUAAAGUGUAUGUACUGUGGUCAUUCAUUUGAAUCUCUUCAGGAUUUGAGUGUUCAUAUGAUCAAAACAAAACACUACCAAAAAGUGCCUCUGAAGGAACCUGUUACACCUGUAGCAGCUAAAAUUAUCCCAGCUACUAGAAAGAAAGCAUCACUAGAGCUUGAACUUCCAAGUUCCCCAGAUUCCACAGGUGGGACACCAAAAGCACCUGUCUCAGACACCAACGAUGCACUUCAAAAGAAUUCCAAUCCUUACAUUACACCAAAUAAUCGCUAUGGUCACCAGAACGGUGCCAGCUAUGCCUGGCACUUUGAAGCGAGGAAAUCUCAAAUUCUGAAGUGCAUGGAAUGUGGAAGUUCUCAUGACACUCUGCAGGAACUCACUGCCCACAUGAUGGUGACGGGACAUUUUAUUAAAGUCACCAACUCUGCCAUGAAAAAAGGGAAGCCUAUUAUAGAAGCCCCAGCAACGCCUACAGUAACAUCCUUAGUAGAUGAGAAAGUCCAGUCUGUGCCACUAGCUGCCACCACUUUCACAUCUCCUUCCAAUACGCCUUCUAGUGUUUCCCCUAAAUUAAAUGUUGAAAUAAAAAAAGAAGUAGAUAAAGAAAGAAGCAUUGCUGAUGACAAAAUGAAGGAGAAAGAAAAGUCAAGUGAGGAUGAGGAGAAGUAUGAUAUCUCUUCGAAAUACCAUUACUUGACUGAAAACGACCUAGAAGAAAGCCCUAAAGGGGGACUGGACAUAUUGAAGUCUUUAGAAAACACAGUUACAUCAGCUAUAAAUAAAGCCCAGAAUGGCACCCCGAGCUGGGGUGGCUACCCUAGCAUUCAUGCUGCUUAUCAGCUGCCUAAUAUGAUGAAGCUGUCAUUGGGUUCAUCUGGGAAGAGUGCACCGUUAAAGCCCAUGUUUGGAAACAGUGAACUAGUAUCGCCAUCUAAAAGCCAGCCCUUGGUAUCUCCACCAAGCAGCCAGACCUCACCUGUGCCAAAAACGAAUUUUCACGCCAUGGAAGAAUUAGUAAAGAAAGUCACUGAGAAGGUGGCUAAAGUAGAGGAAAAAAUGAAGGAGCCCGAAGGGAAGCUUUCUCCAAUGAAGCGUGCAACACCUUCACCGUGCAGUAGUGAAGUCAGUGAACCUCUCAAAAUGGAGGCCUCCAAUGAUGGUGGCUUUAAAAGCCAACAAAACAGCCCAGUCCCUCAAAGAGAUGUUUGCAAGGACAGUCCAACUGUAGAACCUGUGGAAAAUGGGAAAGAGCCUGCUAAGUCAAUUGUAGGUUCUUUAAGCAGCAGCACGGCUAUCAUUACUGAUCACCCUCCUGAGCAGCCAUUUGUAAACCCAUUAAGUGCACUGCAGUCUGUCAUGAAUAUUCAUCUUGGGAAGGCAGCAAAGCCAUCUUUGCCCGCGUUGGAUCCAAUGAGCAUGCUUUUUAAAAUGAGCAACAGUUUGGCAGAAAAGGCUGCAGUGGCCACCCCACCUCUCCAGUCCAAAAAAACAGACCACUUAGACCGUUAUUUUUAUCAUGUCAACAAUGACCAACCCAUAGAUUUGACGAAAGGCAAGAGUGACAAAAGCUGCUCUUUGGGUUCAGCGCUUUUGUCAUCCACAUCGACAUCUUCUGCAUCUUCUUCAUCUACAGUGACAACAGCAAAGACAUCUGCAGUCGUGUCAUUCAUGUCAAACUCGCCGCUACGCGAGAAUGCCUUGUCAGAUAUAUCUGAUAUGCUGAAGAACCUGACAGAAAGUCACACAUCAAAAUCUUCCACACCUUCCAGCAUAUCUGAGAAAUCUGACAUUGAUGGUACCACAAUAGAGGAACCAGAAGAGAGUACACCAGCUCAGAAAAGGAAGGGACGUCAGUCUAACUGGAACCCUCAGCACUUGCUCAUCUUGCAGGCCCAGUUUGCAGCCAGUUUACGGCAGACUUCAGAGGGGAAAUACAUAAUGUCAGACUUAAGCCCUCAAGAAAGAAUGCACAUUUCCAGGUUUACGGGACUUUCAAUGACCACCAUUAGCCAUUGGCUAGCCAAUGUGAAAUACCAGCUCCGAAGGACGGGAGGAACUAAGUUCCUUAAAAAUUUGGACACUGGGCAUCCAGUGUUCUUUUGUAAUGAUUGCGCUUCACAGAUCAGAACUCCUUCAACUUAUAUCAGUCAUCUUGAAUCGCAUCUGGGUUUCAGGUUAAGGGACUUGUCCAAACUGUCCAGUGAACAGAUUAACAAUCAGAUAGCACAAGCAAAGUCACCGUCUGAAAAGCUGGUGACAUCCUCUCCAGAGGAAGAUAUCGGAACUUCUUACCAGUGCAAACUUUGUAACAGGACUUUUGCAAGCAAGCAUGCUGUUAAACUUCAUCUUAGUAAAACACAUGGGAAGUCACCAGAGGAUCAUCUUCUGUAUGUUUCAGAGUUAGAGAAGCAGUAGCAUUUGCUUUUGAUUAAAAUAACUGUAAUUUGCUUUGAGGAAAACUGUCAAAGACGCCUUAAAGCUACUGUUUAAUUCUUGGCACAUGUUCUUAUUUUAACUCCAGAGUCGCUCUGGGCUGAACUGUUUUGUAUAACUGUACAGUGUUUAGAGGUGCAUAAUCAGCUGUUGUUACUGGUAAAAUAUGAAGGUUAAAAUGCAGUGGUAAGUGUUUGGAACUUUGUGUAAAUUGGAUUUAGUUGCUAUGCAUCCCUCUGAUGCAUCAAGCUGCAUGCAUUAACAGACAGUUUAAUUAAGCAUUUAUAACUGAUUCUGGUGCACUUUUUUCAUGUGACCUAAGUGUGCUGGUAUUUCUCACCCUGUAAUCUUUAGCCCUCUGAGUACUUUGAAGCACUUUUGCAUUAAUUUGGUAAAAAUGUAUGGAUAUGGUUUUUUUUAAACCCUUACCAGCUUAGUUCUGAUUACAAAUAUGAACCUCCAUUUAUGCAGAGGUGUCUCACACCUUGAAAUUUAAAAAUAUGAUUUUCACAUUGAAACAUAGAUGUAUAUAUUGUAUAGAUAUUUCAAAAUCUCUUAUGGAAAAUGUGAUUGUGGUUAACGCCAUUUUCUUUUUCUUCAGCAUUUUUAGCAACAGUGUUUUUUGUACCUGAUAACCCCAGGUAUGAACUGCUAUAUAUAGUGUAAAUUUCAUUUUUUAGGCCUAACGGUUUUCCUUUUAACAUCCAAACGUUGUAAAUUGUAUGAUGAAAGAUACCACAGAUAGCAUUUAUAAAGUAUUCAGAAACAUUAUUCUUAAAGCAAAGUAUGUGUUGUUUUGUUUUGCUAUACAGUACAUCUAUAUUAAUAGAGGUUCAUGUUUAAAUUAUACAUAUUUAUUAGUGUUGCUAUCAUUUAUUUGUUUGUUUUUUUUGUUCUUUUUUUAAACCGUCUAAAGAAACAGAAGCCACGGACUGCAUUCCUGGCAUGCAUUAUAACUGUUUUGCACAACGUGACUUUUAAAGGUAUUUAUUAGUAAAAAAAAGUAAUAAAAGAAAAUAAAAAGAGAAAAUUCAAAAUAAACUCAGUGCUCAAAGGGUUAAAUCUAUUUGAAAAACUUGUACUGUAUUUCCUAAACAUUGAUAAAGCCUUUAAAAUGUUUGUACUGUAAUACUUUGCUUAAAAGUUAUGAGGCAUUCUGUGAUAUAACCUCUUUUACUUAUUUAUAAGCGCUCUUGGUUGUUAUUUCCUAUUGUAGAAUGCCUUUUUAUUUCAAUUGGUAACUUUCUGUUUUGUUCUGCCUAAUUAUUCUCCCAAGAUUCCAUACUGCAGCUUUAUCUUUAGGCAUAUGAAAGGUAACCCGUGGUUACCAGCACACUAAGUGAUUCUGUUCGUCUCCAUUUUUGGCAGUUAAUUUGCAGAAGUAACUGACAGCUGACACCAUAUGAGAAUCUAUGUAUAAAAUAUUGGCAUGUAAACAGCACAGACACUGUAACGCACUCUGUGCCCUGUUUUGUUGUUGACAAUGAAGCACCAUUAUAUGACUCUUCAUAUAACCUUUUUUUCUACAGCAGCAUUAAAAUUGUCUUUUUGCUAUAAUUUUGUGUUGCGUUCACAAUUAUGUCUGAAAUGUGCUACGACUAACGAGCACAUUAAAAUUAAAUUGUAUGCUA